AUGAGAUUCAUCAUCCACACCCCAGAUCCUACCUCACUUAAUAUUACCCACCUGAACGAGUCCCAACCACGGCUACAAGGCGAUCGACCCAAAUCUACCAACAACUCGUCAAGGGCCCAGGUCCCAAAUUCUGAGCCAGAGACCUAUCAAGGAGAUUCUUUCGAAGCCCUUGUAUCCUCCGAACCGCGGUCGGCAUUGAAUAACCCAGAGAUUGCCAGUCUCUUUCGCCACUACAUCGAUUACCUCGCUCCAUGGUAUGACCUUUGUGAUGCCGAAAAUUUAUUUGGAACGAUAGUUCCUCUACAUGCUCUUGAAAAUCCGAUUCUGUUCAAGGCACUCAUCGCCUUCUCUGCUUUGCAUAAAACGGGUGUUUCGGGCGAGAUGCGAGGGCUUGGGCAGGCAUUUCACGCAGCUUGUAUCCGGGACCUUCUACAUGUCAUAGAUAAUUUCCAGCUUAGGCUUCGGGGAGAUUACUUAGCUGCUACCUGCUUACUUCGAUCAUAUGAAAUUAUAGCUGGUGAUUCAAGAAAACAACAGAAACACCUUCUAGGAGCUUAUCUAUUUUCCACGAGGGACCCGAUAGAGAUGAACCGCACCGGCCUUUCGCAAGCCGGUGCUUGGAAUUACCUGCGAGAGGAGAUUACUGUGGCUUUAGAGUGUCAACGAACGACACGAAUCGGCUUUGACUUUAAUUUUGAUGCCGCAGAACGCUACUCAGAUAGUAUGCGUGCAAACAUCAUCAGUUAUAUACUGGCAAGGGUCACCAACUACUGUUUUCAAGAAUCGAUGGAGCGGCAGAUGCAGGAGAAGCAGAUUGCUUGGAAAUCUUUGAGAAAGGAGUUGGCUACCUGGAGAGAAUAUUUACCAGCGAGCUUCGAACCAUACUCGACCGCCGUAAAAGAAAACAACCCCUUUCCAUCCUUAUGGCUGAUCCAUCCAUGGCAUGUGGCAGCACAGCAGUACUGUUCUGUUGCAGAAAUUCUCUUGGCCCUGUUUGAUCCGUUUGCUCCAGCUAAUCAAGAAGCUGUCCUUGAACACGCCAUCAAAAUAUGUGGAUUAGCGUAUACUAAUGACAAUGUUGCGGCAAGAGUAAACGCUUUCGGACCUUUGGCGUUUUGUGGCAAGUACCUCGUAGAUAGCACUCAUCGCGAGGGAUUGAAGACUAUGCUGCGACAAUUUGGUACGCCAACGGCCUGGCCGGUCCAUUGCAUAAUUGGCGACUUGGAACAAUAUUGGACCUUGAUGACGUAA